AAGGAGCUCGUGCUUCUCGUCCAACCACCCGUUUGAUUACUAAUUUUCUCCACAAGUAUCGUCGAAUGCAUGAUAUUUUCUGCUGUCGCCACGCCACGAAAGAUAUAUUCCUUAGGAAUAUGCCAUCCCAUUCCCCUUGGUAUCACCACUGAAAUCUCUAACCCAAAUACUGAAGCCCAGGAAGGAGUCCCGGACGCCAAAGAAAGAAACUCAUGGAGGCAAUGCCAAGUAGUUUCUGUUGGCUUCAAAAUACUCCUGAACUAGUAGGAAGGCAAGAAAACCAAAAGCUCCGAGUUAGCGAUAGCUUUGCCAGCUCCUACUUAACCAACGAGACUUGGGCGGAAUCUUCCUUGCACGUCAAUACCUUCUCCUUUAUCUCUACUCAUGGGAGUAGAAGGAAUCCGUCCAACAACAACUAUAUAUAAGAGACCAUAUGCUUGGAUCCUCAUCUCAUCCUUGUUCCUUCAUCCUUCUGUUCAUCCUUCCAUGACCAAAGGCACCUCGCAAGUCACAGCUUCUCCAACCAUGGGAAACUGCCUCGCCCUCCCCCCCACCGUCUCGGAAAGAAAGGCUCUGCCCGUCGAGUCUUCCUUCAAGCUCCCCUCUCCACUACCAUCUUGGCCAUCAGGUGGCGGAUUCUCCAAAGGAGUCAUGGACCUUGGAGGCCUAGAGGUCUGCCAAGUGUCGUCGUUCACAAAGGUGUGGGCUAGCCAUGAAGGAGGAGAAGGCGGCAGUGGUGCCUCCUUCUUCAAUCCUUCGCCAAUCCCCUCCGGCUUCUCCAUGCUGGGCUGCUACGCCCAACCCAAUAACCGGCCUCUCUUCGGCUGGGUCCUCGUCGCAAGGGACACCAGCAGCGGAGGCACCCUCGCGAAGCCCAUCGACUACACGCUCGUGUGGAGCAGCGAGGCGUCCAAGGUCGAGAAAGACGGCGAUGGCUACUUCUGGCUCCCGACACCACCCCAAGGCUACAAAGCCAUCGGCCUCCUCGUCACAAGCUCGUCGGAGAAGCCGUCCCUCGACCAGGUCAGGUGCGUCCGGGCCGACCUCACCGAGCCGUGCGAGAACGACGCGUCGAUAUGGGACAAGGAUGGCUUCAGCGUCAACGGCCUGCGGCCGGCCGCCAGGGGAAUCCAAGCCCUGGGUGUGUGGGUCGGCACGUUCAUAGCCCAAGCCGAUGGGUCUCCCAGCUCUUCCACCAUCGCUUGUUUAAAGAACAAGGCCUCCAGCUUCGCCUCCAUGCCCAACCUCAGCCAGAUUCGGGCCGUAAUGCAAGCAUACUCCCCGGUGAUCUACUUCCACCCGGAUGAGGAGUAUCUCCCCUCCUCGGUGAGCUGGUACUUCGACAGCGGCGCGCUGCUUUACGAGAAAGGGAGCCCAAACCCCACCCCCAUCGCGUCGAACGGUUCGAACCUCCCCCAGGGAGGAUCCAACGAUGGCGCCUACUGGAUAGACCUUCCGGUCGACGACGAAAAGAAGGAGAAGGCGAAGAAAGGCGACAUCCCCACCUCGAAGGUCUAUCUCCAUGUCAAGCCAAUGCUCGGCGCGACGUUCACCGAUAUGGCCAUAUGGAUCUUCUACCCUUUUAACGGGCCUGCAAAGGCCAAGGUGGGGAUCAUCAACCUCCCAUUAGGAAGGAUAGGGGAGCAUGUGGGUGAUUGGGAGCAUCUCACCUUAAGGGUGAGCAAUCUCAAUGGGGAACUAUGGAGGGUCUACUUCUCAGAACACAGCAGUGGAACUUGGGUGGAUGCCUCGCAGCUAGAGUUCCAAGGAGGGAACAAGCCUGUGGCCUACUCGUCAUUGCAUGGCCAUGCUAAUUACGCCAAGCCAGGACUGGUCCUGCAAGGGAACUCCACGUUGGGAAUCGGCAUAAGGAAUGACGCUGCGAAAGGGAAGAAUAGUAUAGACGCUGGGGAGAGAUUUGAGGUUGUGGCGGCCGAGUACUUGGGCUCCGCCGUCGUUGAGCCGUCAUGGCUGAACUACGAGAGGGAAUGGGGGCCGAAGAUAACCUACGACAUCGCGAAGGAGAUCGAUAAGGCGGCGAAGCUCCUACCUGGGAAUCUCAAGACUGAGUUCAAGCAUCUGGUGGAGAGCCUCCCUGAUGAAGUGCUAGGAGAGGAAGGCCCUACGGGACCAAAGGUGAAGAGCGACUGGUACAUGGAUGAACGUUAGAAAUCUUCUCCUCCAUUAAUGUCUGCCAUUCUUGUUACUGCUAUCUCUGCUUUUCUUCUUUCUAGCUUUAUUGUUCUAGGAUCGCUACAAUAUAUUGUCUUCCAUUGUUUGGAAGAUGCAGUGGAUCUUUUUAGGUUUCUUGUAAAAAACAAAUAAAAAAACAAAUAAAGAAUUGAUAAUUUUACUA